AUUCUUGUGUCACAUUAAUUUCUUGUAUAUUGUGUUUACAAUACGCACUGUUUUCCUGUAUCGUUCCAAUUUUAUCUAAAAUCUCGAAAAAAAUAAGAAAAAUACGUAAUUGCUAGGGAGGUCUAUAGCAGUCAAUUACAGCAUCUAAACGUACUCAAAGUAGGGUAUUAUGGCUUCCUCUCAACAGCUACCAGCUUCAACAUCAAUACUGCAAAAUGAGGACAGAGCAGUUGUGGAGCAGAUGAUGAAAGAGGCAGAGAAAAUCCUACUCUCAGACAAUCCUAACGUUGAGAAAAUGCAACUUCAAAUUGCUGGUUGCAUAUUAAACAUAACCAAGGGAAGCCGAUUACAUAUUCAUAGUAAACAUGAUUGGAGUGGUCAAGUAAGCUUUCGAGCUGAGUUUCCAGCAGAAAUACCAAUAGGAGGGACGGCGAAGUUUGUACACUAUGGAGCUCCUUCAAAAGGCUCCAAGGCUGCCGUGGUGUAUGCUAGUGUCGAUUGUGCAUGGCUCUUGGCUUGGUAUGUACCCUUCGGCGAUGAGCCUAACAAGAUAUUCGUUGAAGAUGGACCAAAAGAAAACUAUAACGUCAUAGAUUGGUAUGAAAUAGAAAGAAAACUGGAAGCAUCGGGCAACACGAGUGUUUAUGAAGACGCGUCCACAAGAUGCAAGUCCAUUGCAGAGCUUAAUGGUGAUGGCAAAAAGGUUAAACUUGGUGCUAUGUUCCUCAAUGGAUGACUGGCUAGAAUUUUAAAUCUUGUUGAUGCUAAAUUUUAAAGGCUCUGUUUAUAUAGACUUCGUAUGUAGUUGAUAUCAACAAAUAAGUAAUAACGAAGAUAAUCUUGAUGUUAAUGCAAAGUAUUAUGAACCACGUU